AUGGUCACGGGAAAUGGAGCUCUUCGAUAUCCCCCUCCGGGACCGAUGGGCGGCCAUGAGCUCUCCAGCCGUCGCAGAAUCCCCAAUCCCCCCCGCCUCGAUCCUUUGAGGGCCCAUCCUCCAUACCCUCGUCCUUCAACUGCGGACGGUUUUCGCCCUGCGCAUCCCCAUCACCGCCCAGCUCCUCCGCAAUCUCCCCGAUCUCCGAGAAAAUAUCCUCCAUACCAUCUUCCCCCUCGAGUCGAUUCUGCCUCGCGCGCCGUCUCUCCUAUACCCCGACACUACGCUGAUGAUGGCUCUCCUUACCGACCUACCUACUAUAAACCUCAUUCACAAGCACGACCCAUUACUCCGCAUGAGCGGAGAAGGCCACCAGAGGCCGAUUUCCAGCGCUUGCCCCGUCAAACACCACCGUCGCAGCAACCGGACGUACCUCUUUCUAUAUCCACUGCGAGAUUGGAUAAAAAGCGGUCUAGACCUCGCCUCGCACAACCACCUAGCUCUCAUGGACUCGCUUUACCGCGCAGCCCCUACAGCGGUGAUCCGUACGGCGGGGACGCAGUCCGUUCUAGCGUGAACUCUGCCAAGACAUCGCGCUCUAGCAUCGAGCAUGCCAGCGGAACCGAGCGAAGCAGUGUUCUCACUAAAAGCAGUUCCAUUACGGAUUUGUCUCCGGAUACUCCGGACGGGUCAUACGACAAGGAUGAGGGAAUGAGCGUCGAAGAUGCCAUUUCUAUGUACCUGGACGGAUUUAGCGAUGUGACUGAAGAGCCUGCAUCACCAGAUCUAGUCAGUGAUCCUAAACUGAAGCCAUUGAGUCCACUUCCUCCGGCAGAUCUUGUUCUAGACGAUGAUAAUCUGUCUGAUUCCUCGCACAACCUCGAUCCUAUACCUGAUUACCCACCGCCGCCAACAAUCUCGCAACUGGGCACCCCAGACGAUGUUUACUCCCGCAAACAAUACUUUGACACGCAUACGGACGAACAAGAUCUUGAAGCGCACUCAGAUGAGAACCCGCUAGACCCCCCCAAAGGACCUCUAGCAACGAUGUUGGAGCAGCGAGCAUCGGCAGUAGAUCCUCCACAUUUGAAUCCGCAAGGCCGGAACUCGUUGGACCGGCAGUUUCUAGGAGAUGCGCCUGCAGGUAACGCAGUGGACGAGUCUUCUGAGGUGCCUGAGGAACCUGCCGACAAGCCCCUCGAGUCAACACCGUCUCAACCACCUCCCACGCCUCGGCUGGCCGAAACAAAGGUUAUGCUUCCUGGCGUUGUGCCCCCGCCGCUGGCCAUCGCCACCGAAACGAGAGAUUGCUAUGGCUUUCGCAAAGCAACCUCGUACGUCACAAUCGAUCAGUACGAGGCAUGGAGUGCUUCGUACGCCGACUUCUCUGCAAAUCGAAGAGCGAAGUGGGCUGAGCUACUCCGAGAGAACGGAAUCAAUCCUAAAAACCCCACAACACUUCCUCCGAAGUCGCCCAAGGUGAAGCGCUUCGUACGGAAAGGCAUCCCGUCCGAGUUUCGAGGCGCGGCCUGGUUCUGGUACGCUGGUGGUUAUGAACAUCUCAACCGAAAUCCUGGAUUGUAUGACCAGCUCGUUCGUCAGGCCAUGGAAUCCCCAAGCAACGAUGACAAGGAGCACAUCGAGCGUGAUCUACACCGGACCUUCCCCGACAAUGUCCACUUCAAGCCGGAGCAAACAGGGCAGCCCGGCUUUGACAAUGGUGCGGCAUCUGUUAUAGUCGAGACUGAGAUGAUUCGGGCUCUGCGGAGAGUUCUAUAUGCGUUUGCCAUCCAUAACCCCCAGAUUGGAUAUACCCAAUCACUCAAUUUCAUCACUGGACUAUUUUUGCUAUUUUUGCCUGAGGAGAAGGCAUUUUGGAUGCUCCAUAUUGUUACAUCCGUCUACCUCCCGAGCACACACGAGAUCAGCCUCGAGGGCGCCAAUGUCGAUCUUUGGAUCCUCAUGGUCCUCCUGAAGGAUUGCUUGCCGAACGUCUACAACAAAAUCGCAGACACAGGAACCAAACGGAGCGCACCCCUGUCUGUAAACUCCCGACUACCCGACAUUACCCUCGGCCUAACAAACUGGCUGAUGUCUGUCUUCAUCGGCACGUUACCUCUCGAAACAACGUUGCGAGUCUGGGACGUAUUCUUUUACGAAGGGUCCAAGACCUUCUUUCGUGUCUCUAUGGCAAUCUUCAAGGCCUGCGAACGGGACAUCAUGGCUGUUUCGGAUCCCAUGGAGGUCUUCCAGGUCGUGCAGACGGUGCCUAAGAAAUUACUGGAUGCCAACGCACUGCUCGACGGGAGCUUCAGUCGGAAAAACCGCGUCGGACAAGGUCGCAUCGAUGAACUUCGAGCAGCACGCCGCGCAGCCGUUCGACAGGACAAACUGCGACGAUCGCAAGCUCUGACGAAGGGCACACUCCAUGCAGCGACGGACGAGUGGCCGACGCGAUCUCGGACUCCGAUUCCAGGCAUUGAGCGCACGUUUGCUGACUCGUGGCGCCAGAUGAGACACCAUGCGUUCCGGUGA